GAAGAAACAUCACAUUGUCUUUUUUGUUUUUUGAUUUUGGGUGAUUUUGCAUUAAUCACAUCACACACUUUUUUGUUUUUGAAACAUCACAUCACAUACUUAUACUGUAUUUCUUAAUUGUGUGAGUGAGAGAGCAAUCGACAAUUCAUAACCCAAAGUGGUUUCGUUUCAUUGCAUCAUUCAAUCGAUCAGAGUAAAAUGAUUAAUCUACCCUUCAAUCAGGUAAGCGACGAAGAUGAAGUCGAAGCACCACCACCACCACCACCACCACCACCACCUCAGAAUCCAGAUGAUCCAAAACCAAUUGGUGAUCCAUUUAGGGUUUCGGGAAAAGUAGGAGGGAGGAAGAAACAUUAUGAUUCAUUCGAAUUCGAUGGAAAACAAUAUUCUCUCGAGGAUCCUGUAAUGCUUGUGCCUGAGGAUAAAGAACAAAAACCAUAUGUUGUUAUAAUUAAGGACAUUAUACAGAACUUUAACGGUAGCAUAAUGGUGUCGGGACAAUGGUUUUAUCGUCCUGAAGAAGCUGAAAAAAAAGGCGGUGGAAGGUGGAAGUCACGUGAUUCAAGGGAGCUUUUUUAUAGUUUCCACCGAGAUGAGGUUCAUGCAGAUUCUGUUAUGCAUAAGUGUGUGGUGCAUUUUGUUCCCUUAAACAAACAGUUUCUGAAAAGUAAGCAACAUCCUGGCUUUAUUGUACAAAAGGUGUAUGAUACUUUGGAAAGAAAACUCUGGAAUCUGACUGAUGAGGACUUUGAGGAUGUUAAACAGCAAGAAAUUGCCGAGCUUGUUCAGAAAACUCGGAAACGCAUUGGUGAGCUGCUCGACAUUGAGCCUGAAGAAGCCCCUCCUGCUGAUAAGGAAUGAUCUAUGCUGUGUUCUUUAGAGUUACAAAUUAGUAUUUAUGUUAAGGCUGAAACCAACAAAAGGUUGUGUAUGUAGAGUUCUCCUCCUGUAUCAUAGAAGAGGGUAGUGUUAGCAGUCAAUUUAUUUUGGUUUACGUUGACUCUUUAAUUGUAAACCUUUGACUCAUUUAGUGAUUUGCCACGUAAAUGUCAAAAUCUUUUUCUCAUUG